AUGAAGGAUUUGUUAAUACUUCAUAUCGGAGCUGGAAACCAUAAUGAAUCUUUAAAUAAGAAGUAUGCGACUUUGAUUAAAAAAGCGCUACUGAAGAAUUCAUUAAUUGACGCUGCUGAAGUACUUGAAAAUUCGGCAUUAACCAAUACUGGAUUUGGCUCAAGUUUGAACAUGUUGGGCAAAGUUGAGAUCGAUGCGAGUUUUAUUCUGUAUACAGCUGAUGGAAGUGAGGAGAACAAGCCAUCUGUGAAGAUGGGAUCAUUAACCGGGCUAAAAUGUCGUAAUCCAACCGAGGAAAUGGCACGAAUAUUUCUGGAGAUUGAUCAGCAAUAUGGACAACUUGAUGGUCUAGUAGCUCCGAUAUCGUUGAACUGUACUAGUUUGAAAAAUUAUAUGGACAUAAAUGAGGACGACGACGACGACUUGAUUAGUAUAAAAUCUUAUAAUACUUUUAAUGCUUAUAAGAAGGACGCAACCUCGAAUAUUAAGGAGCAGGAGGUUUCAGAUACUAUUGGGUUGAUCCAGAUCAACGAUACAGAAGUGGCAAUGGUGACUUCCUCAGGUGGUAACUACUUUAAGCUACCGGGGAGAAUUGGGUGUGCCGGUGUUAUGGGUGCCGCAAUCAGUUUCAAAGAGGAACAGGACUAUAUGAUUUGUUGUAUGUGUUCAGGAAAUGGAGAACAAAUCAUUCGAGAUCAUUUGGCAACACUGAUUAUUGAAGUUUUUGAUACCAGUGAGAAAUCCAAUUAUGGUCAAUAUUUGGAAAAAGUCUUGUUUGAAACCGAUCCGAAAUUUUAUAUCGGAUUUGUUGUUGUGUUCAAGAGGUAUGACGAGUCAACAGCUACUCUAGUUUAUGGCCACUCAACAGAGUCCUUUUAUUUUGGGUACAAGGUUGGCGGCGAUUCAAGAGCUAUACUCAGCUUUAGAGAGAAAAAAGGAUGUUUUACAUUUGGUGAAUAUUUAAUUCAACUUUAA